CUCAACUUCACCUCCAAAAGCACAUUCUCCAGUGCGCACCACGACCCCCUCCCCCUCCCCUCUCCUUCUUCCUGGCUAUUGUGCCUUCCUGAUUAUCCAUUGAUCAGAGGGUUCUUGAUAUAAUCAGUAUGCUGGCACGUACUGUCUCGCGCAGCGUGCCCUUCCGGGGUAUCGCACGGCAGUCCUUGAACAGAGCAUCCACGCGUGCGUCUUCUUCCGCCGCCGGUGCCGAAUCCGCCAGCUCCCCCUUCCACCUCACAGUCACUGCGUCCGUCGCAACCGCCGUCGCCGUCGGAUCCGCCGCCUAUCUCUAUGGACAGGAAGCUUUUGCAUCGACCCCUGCUGAGGAAGGGUUGCACCCUACCAACUACCCUUGGGAACACGCCAAGUGGAACAAGACCUUCGACCAUGCGGCCCUCCGUCGUGGUUUCCAGGUCUACCGUGAAGUCUGCGCUUCCUGCCACUCCUUGACUCGUGUUCCCUGGCGUUCGUUCGUUGGUGUCAUGCACACCGUCGAUGAGAUGAAGGCCAUGGCUGAGGAGAACGAAUACGACACCGAGCCCAACGACCAGGGCGAGAUCGAGAAGCGUCCCGGAAAGCUGUCGGACUACAUCCCCGCUCCCUACAAGAACGAGGAGGCUGCCCGUGCUGCCAACGGUGGUGCUCUGCCCCCUGACCUUAGCUUGAUCGUCAAGGGCCGUCACGGUGGCUGCAACUACAUCUUCAGUCUGUUGACUGGUUACCCUGACGAGCCCCCAGCUGGUGCCACUGUCCAGGAGGGCAUGAACUUCAACCCCUACUUCCCUGGAACCGCUAUUGCCAUGGGUCGUGUCCUCUUCGAUGGUGUUGUUGAGUAUGAGGACGGCACUCCUGCCACCACCUCCCAGAUGGCUAAGGACGUUGUUGAGUUCCUCAACUGGGCUGCCGAGCCUGAGAUGGACGACCGUAAGAAGAUGGGUGUCAAGGCCAUUGCCCUCCUUACCGGUCUCUUCGCUGUCAGCGUCUGGGUUAAGCGUUACAAGUGGUCUCCGAUCAAGACAAGGAAGAUUGUGUACAGCCCCCCUGUCUCCCGGCGCUGAAUGAUACAACGGGCUAUAUGAAUUGCAAAAAGUGAGGGAUCGACGGCCAGGGAACCUUGAAUAAUUGACCCCAACCUUAUUAGGUUUGGUCACGUCGCCGUCCCUUCAUCAGUCGCUCUUGUGUAUGGUCUGGCCUCUGCUUGUUUUGUUAGAUGUUAUUCAGGACACCUGUAUCUGUACCCUAGAUAUUUUCUCCUUUGAAAAUCUUGUUUGAAGACCCAAUGUCACUAUUUCCUUUGUCUACUUUCAUAUAUGAACAUGCUUCAAUACGCGGGUAGACUCUUUGCCUAGAGCGAGGCAAUCUGCCGAUGCUGGCAUUGCCUCGGCAGUUGCCAUUAUUGCAUUUCAAUGAUAGUCGAGCAGUUCUGAGGCAUUUAUGAAACAAAGGAGGUCGGGAAUUGUACUUAAAAUAUAAUGUAUUCAGUUCU